ACCCUAGCCAUGGCCAGGGCUUCUUCCAACUUCGCCUUGGGUUUCUUUCUUUUAUUGAUUGCUGCUCUCCUUCAUGCCACUCCUGCCUUUUCCGAUGAGUUCUCGUCUCAGCUCUGCAAAGGCCAUGGCUGUAACUCUAAAUAUCCACCUCCACCUCCACCUCCACCGCCCCCGCCUCCACCUCCUAUAGACCCUCACUGUCCUCCACCGCCAGUGGAUCCACCAAUUGUGCCCCCAACUCCUUAUUAUCCCCAUCCAACAUCUCCACCACCUGAUCCCUACGGCAAGGUUCCUCCGCCGCCAGCACCAGUACCAGCACCACCACCAUAUCCCGAUGGCAAGGCUCCACCUCCAAAUACCGAUGGCAAGGCUCCACCUCCAAAUACCGACGGCAAGGCUCCACCACCAUAUCCCGAUGGCAAGGCUCCACCUCCAUAUACCGAUGGCAAGGCUCCACCUCCAUAUACCGAUGGCAAGGCUCCACCUCCAUAUCCCGAUGGCAAGGCUCCACCUCCAUAUCCCGACGGCAAGGCUCCACCUCCAUAUCCCGACGGCAAGGCUCCACCUCCAUAUCCCGACGGCAAGGCUCCCUCCACCAUCAUCCCCGAUGGCAAGGCUCCACCUCCACCGCCCUGCGAUGAGCUAACCUAUAAUUCAAGGAAGCUUAAGGCCUAA